AUGCUAACGAUGUCGACGCUCAUGAUGCCAGCUGCCACGAUGACGACAAUGACGAAUGCUGGACCAAUACCUGUUGCAGCAGCAACCAAGCUCGAGCCGAAGCUGCUGCAACUACCACACCCAGCACUGAUGCCGCAAAUACCACAGCAACAACACCACCAUCAACACCCGCACGGGAACAACAAUAAGCUAGAACACUACCACAUCUUCGUAGGAGAUCUCAGCCCGGAGAUUGAAACACAGAAUCUUAGAGAUGCCUUCGCUCCCUUCGGCGAAAUAUCGGACUGCCGAGUGGUUCGUGAUCCCCAAACCCUCAAAUCCAAAGGAUACGGCUUCGUCUCCUUCCUUAAGAAAUCUGAGGCGGAGUCAGCUAUAACUGCUAUGAACGGGCAAUGGUUGGGCUCGAGAUCUAUACGAACUAACUGGGCCACAAGGAAACCACCGGCACCAAAAAACGAAUUGAAUUCAAAGCCGCUAACCUUCGAUGAGGUUUACAAUCAAAGCUCGCCGACCAAUUGCACGGUCUACUGCGGCGGUCUCACGGCCGGUCUCACUGAAGAACUGAUGCAGAAGACCUUCCAGCCAUUCGGGACUAUUCAGGAGAUACGCGUCUUCAAGGAUAAGGGAUAUGCUUUUAUCAGAUUCUCCACCAAAGAGAGUGCGACCCACGCUAUCGUAGCUGUGCACAACGCAGAUGUGAAUGGCGCCCCUGUGAAAUGUUCCUGGGGCAAGGAGUCCGGGGACCCGAAUAAUGCACAGGGUGCACAGUUGGGUGGUACUGCAUACAGUCCAUUCGGCGCAUACCCUGGUAGUGUACCUCCUUCGUAUUGGUAUAAUACCUACCCUCAACAACUGGGAGGGUUCUUGCAAGGAGUACAAGGGGUGCAAGGGUACUCCUACGCUGGGCAGUUCGCGGGUUACCAGCAACAGUACAUGGGCAUGGGCGGUGUACAAUUGCCAUGGGCGCUUGGUGGAGGCGUGGGCGGUGUCGGUGGCGUGGGCGGUGUGGGCGGAGUGGGCGGCGUUGGUGGAGUUGCUGCAAUGUCCCAGCCGCCUCAAGUGCUGCAUUACCCCGUACAGCACUUUCAAGUCCAGCCCGUCAGUAUAGAUUCAGUUUUCAAGUCAAAAAAUUUGAACAUUUAA